AUGGCGGCUUGUGUUCUUGACGGAGAGAAACUUUGUGAGGUUUCUGGCGAAGUAAAAUGGUCAAAUGUGGAACGCUAUAAUCUGGAAUAUUGCCAUGGAUCAUUAGCUCUCUAUAAACUGAGUACCAGUUUUUAUAUACAUGGAAUUACAAAAGCAAAACGCGUGAAGUUCCUCUUGAAGCCUGAUAAAUUUUCAUUUCAAAGCCGCGAGUCACGGCUAACUUUGUCUUUUACUGAGCGUGGAAAAUCAGCAGUUUCCAUGCACUUGAGAGAGGCAGAACCUAACCAGCUGCGAGCAUUUAUAGAUGUUUUGAACAAUGUAAAAGCAUAUAAUGUUUCUUUUAAAGGAAAAUUGAUUUCAUCCUCUUCAAAAGGAAAAGAUAUAGAAAAUGCCGAGAACUUGCCCUUGAACAACAUCCACUCCAAUGCGUCAUCACCAAGAGGAAAAUAUGAAUCACCUUUGAGAAGAAACUUGAUGAGAUCAUCACCUUCUGCAAGGACAAAUAAACUAACCCCUAGUGUUCAGCGCAAUCUCCAUGCCAAGCAGAUGAAUCCACCUUCAUCAAACAGAUCACCAAAUAAAACCCCUCUUGUGGAUAAAACAUUUGCAAGAGAUAAUCUCAGCAAUACAUCUAGUGGUGGAAAGUCAGUCACUUCAUUUUAUGGAUCACAAAAUUUAACACAGUCCCCAAGUGAAUGGAAAUCUGCAAAGAAUGUUAGGGGCCCAGGCUUGAUGCCUGCACCUCAAACAACACGUCUGACAAGUCAGAUAUCUUUCAGAUCCCGUGAGAAGCUUCUCUACGAGAGAGAUUUUGCAUUGACGGGCUUUUCAAACUUGGGAAAUACUUGCUACAUGAAUGCCAUUCUUCAGUCAUUACUUGGUUUGCCACCAUUUGUUCAGGAUCUUUCAAACAGAGCUUUGUUGGAAAAUGUUUUUCCACACUGUCUGUACAAAUGUCUUCAUAGUGUUCUAAUGUGUAAAAGAAAGUGCGGGAAUCCAGAGGUGCUGAAGAAUUGUUUGAGGAAACUUAAGCGAACAAUCUCUGAAGCUGCAACACGUUUUUCAGGAUAUCAUCAGCAUGAUGCUCAUGAGUUCCUUUGUCAAGUGUUUGAUCAGCUGAAGGAUGAUGUGAGCAAAUCUAACUCUCCAUCUUCCAAAGAUACCUCAAGUGAAAGUAACCCAAAGUUGGCAGAUUCUCAAUGUCCUGUGACAAGAUCCUUUGAAAGUGGAGUGGUCCAUACAGUCAUCUGUAAACAGUGUGGAGAAUCUGCUCCAAAAGAAGAGAUUUACCAUGCGUUUUCUCUUGACAUCCCAGUUCUGUGUAAUUCCUCAGAUAAGUCUCCAUUUGGCUCAGCUGUCAGCAUGCAAACCCUGCUAGAGAAACACUUUGAGGAUGAACAGCUUGAGUACACAUGUGGAAAAUGUAAGUCCAAGGAAGCUAUCAUUGCACACAGUUUCAGUAGGCUUCCAAGAGUGCUUAUUCUGCAUUUGAAGCGGUAUGGAUUUGACAACUUUACUGAAGAACAGGCCAAGAAGCAAGACAAGGUUAAAAUUGAAAGGUUCAUUAACCUUAGUAUGCUGUGCUCAUCAACAUCUAGGCCUCCAUUGCCAUUCCAACCAAAGUCAUCACUCAAAUUCAGUCCAACAAAAUCAGGCCGUAAACCACAGAAACGCUACUUAACCAGUGAUGAAGACGAUGAUGAUUCUCUUCAUUUUCAACCCUCUCCCUCAGUGAGGAGGAAACUAUCACAUUCUUUUGCAAAUGAAAAUUUCUCAAGUACUGCUGCCAGAAAUUCUCUGACAAACACAAAAAAUUAUUCAGAUGAUGAUGUGGAGGUCAUGGGUGUUUCCAAGCUAGACAGGGUUGUUGAAAAUGACCAAACAGAAGAACAGACCCAUGAAUCUGAAAAAACUACCGACAAAGAUAUCACUAAAUUUGAUGGGAUCAGGCACACACCGUCACAUCAAAUGCCACUGAGGAAUAAAUCAGUCUUGGAGGGAACAGAAGAGGAGCAAAUGGAAUGGGCUUUGGCUGAAAGUGCUAAAUCAGCAGAAAAAGAAUCAAAUGUAAACAAAGAAAUAAAUGAAGAUGAUGCCAAAUGCAAUACUUUGGCAGACAUUUUGAGCAAUGAUACAAAAUCUAAUAUUGGCAAUUGUUUUUCCAACCCUGUGAGCCAUGUUACCAAUCAACCGACUAUUUGUGAGAAAGAUGUCAUUGAAGUUGGAGAGGUCGGGAGCACACCUUUACGUCAUACCCCACUGAGAUUCAAACGGAUUUGGGAAGAUACAGAGGAAGAGCAAAUGAAAUGGGCUUUGGCAGAGAGUACAAAAUCAGCAAAAAAAGAAUCAAUGGCAAAAUUGAAUGGACUUGAACAAAAAGCCAACACAAAUGCUGGGGAAUGCACAUCGAAAACAGAAGCUUUGAGUGAAGAUGCAACUUCUAAUUUCGACAGUGAUGAUUUUAAUCAAUUAAGUGAUAUUUCUGAUGAAGAUUUAGUUUUCAUGGCUCAGAGCAGCAAAGUUGAAGAACCUGUUGGUUUAAAAGGAGGUGCUCCAAUUACAACAGCAGCUCAAGAUGUUUCCCAUGAUCUUGAUGAUAGUUGUCUGAAUGAUACUGGCAAUGACAAAAGCUGUGGGGAAGAUUCAAGCUUAGAAAAUGGCAUAGACACAGGAUUUGUUCUAAAAAACAGCACUCCUAAGAUUUGUAUCAAAAAAAGAACUGGUAGCUCCAUUCAAAGACAAACACUUCAAAGAAAUUUCAGCUUGAGUAAAACACCCAAGCUAGGAAAAUUUGAAGGGGAUCUGUUUGAUGCUGGCAUUAAAGAGAGUAAUCUUGCUUCAACCAAUACUAUUGGUAGUGAGAUUGUUGACAAGAGCAGCUGGGAGGUUCAAUGUUUUAGCGAUGAAGACAUGGAAAAGGCAAUCAACAUGAGUCUUCAAGACCAGACAAGAAGUGAACAGGAAACGACAGAAGAUGAAGAUCUGAAGAGGGCUUUGCAGCUGAGUUUGCAAGAUUUUGAAGGGCAGGACUUAAAAUCCACCAAGGUUGUAUCACCAGCUGCAGUGGACCCUGAUAAUUUAACAGAGCCUACUUUUGAGAUUGAUGAGAGAGAGGGGAAGCCCUCUACACAUUCAUACAGACUUAUUAGUAUUGUCAGCCAUCUUGGUACAAGUUCUACUUCAGGACAUUAUAUUUCAGAUGUGUAUGAUUGCAAAACCAAACAGUGGACAAGUUAUGAUGACUCUGCAGCAACAAAGGUUGCUGAACACUCAGUUCGCUACAAAAGACAACACAGUGGAUACAUUUUCUUUUAUCUAUACAAACAAUGUGUAGAUGCUAUAGAUGAGGCAAGCCCAAGCAAAGAAAACUCCCAAAGAUAACAAAGUGGAAGAUAAAACAGCAGAAGUGUUCGUGUAGUAGUUUCAUUAAUAGUUCAAGGAAAAAUUUUGAAAAUAUUUCAAUCCCCUCUGAUGUUGGCAGUA